GAAAUCAGCUGAGUUUUAUUUUAUCUCGGCAAAAUGGCUGACGCGUCGACGUCGGUGCGUGUGAAAAAAAUACCCGAUAAUUUAUACGAGGUGUGCUUAACCAAUUUAGUGAACUACAUACAAAAAUCAAAGUGCGAACGGAAUGAUUUGCGAUCUCUCCCGGACACCAUCCUCAUGGAUGUGUAUUACAAGAUGCUGCAAGAGAAGCGGCUGUGCAUCCUGGGCGCGGAGCUAUCCGAGCUGGACAUGUUCGAGAGGUUGCUGCGGUUCUCUAGCGCGCAGCUCCAACUGCUGCAGUGCUUCCAGGCGGUGAUUGAACACGGCUCGAAACUGUCGACGGAGCUAGCCAGCGGGUACCUUGCGAGAUGCGACGCUAACACUAAGUCGUGCAACUGGCUCAUACAACUGGGACUUAGGCUCGGCGGCUUCCUGAACGAGGCGGGCUGGUACGCAGACGCGCAGCGCGUACUGCUACGCUGUCGCGACCUGUGCCAGGCGCAGCCGCAGACGGCGCACUACAAGAGGCUCACACUGGAAUGCUGCCACAGAUUGCUCAACACACAAUCAGCGUACUGCUGUUUCCCGGCCGCGGCGGAGACGUACGCGCUGGCGCUCAAGCUGCUUGGACUGCCGGAGGACGUGGCCACCAAGCUGCCCGACGACUCCUUCUCCAUAGCCGACACCUGCUUCAAGGCGCUGCAGGGUGAUGAAGAUACGCCCACGGCGGGCGCGUGCGCGGAGGAGUGGUGCGGCGCGUGCGGCGCGUGGGGCGGCUCGGCGCUGCUGGCGCUGCUGUGCAAGGAGUUCAGCGCGCUGUUCUUCGUGCGCUGCGACUACAGCGCCGCGCACGCCUGGAGCAUGCACGCGCUGGCGCUGCUCACACCGCACACGCCGCCCAAGAUCACAAUCGAAGUAGUCCGCGCGUGCGGCAAGGCGUGCGUGGUGAAGCGGCGCUUCUCCGCCGCGGGGCUGCUGGUGCGGCAGGGCGUGGCGUUAGCGCGCGCGGCGUUCGGCGCGGCGCACCCGCGGUACGCGCACGCGCUCAUCGACUACGGCUUCUACCUGCUCAACAUCGACUCCAUCACGCACAGUGUCGUCGUGUACGAGGAGGCGCUGAGCACGCUGCGGCGCGUGUUCGGGCGCAGCAGCCUGCACGUGGCCACGGCGCAGGAGGACCUCGCUUACGCGCUCUACGUGCUGGAGUACUCGUCCGGCCGCUUCUACAAGGCGCGCGACCACGCCGAGCGCGCCAUACGCAUCAUUGAGAACCUUGUACCGCCGGACCACUUGUUGCUCGCGUCUGCCAAGCGGGUGAAGGCGCUCAUCUUAGAAGAGAUCGCACUCGACACGCCCGCGGGACAGGACAUGAGAGCAGAACCAAGUCUACUGGAGGAGUCGGAGUCGCUGCACAAGGCGGCGCUGGAGCUGAGCAUGAUGGCGUUCGGCGAGAUGAACGUGCAGACCGCCAAGCACUACGGCAACCUCGGCCGCCUCUACCAGAGCAUGCACAAGUUCCAGGACGCGGAGACGAUGCACCUGAAGGCGAUCGCCAUCAAGGAGCAGCUGCUGGGCGCGGAGGACUACGAGGUGGGACUGAGCGUGGGCCACCUCGCCUCGCUCUACAACUACCACAUGAACAUGCACCGCGCCGCCGAGCAGCUCUACCUGCGAUCCAUAUCCAUCAGUCUGAAGCUGUUCGGCGAGCAGUACUCGGGGCUGGAGUACGACUACCGCGGGCUGGUGCACGUGUUCACGCAGCUCAAGCGGCACGACCGCGCGCUGCACUACAACGUGCUGCUGCAGCACUGGCACGGUACGGUACGCCUGCACUUGACUCACACUCGGGGCAGGGCUGGAGCUGUCGGCGAGCAGUACUCGGGGCUGGAGUACGACUACCGCGGGCUGGUGCACGUGUUCACGCAGCUCAAGCGGCACGACCACGGGCUGCACUACAACGUGCUGCUGCAGCACUGGCACGGUACGGUACGCCUGCACUUGACUCACACUCGGGGCAGGGCUGGAGCUGUCGGCGAGCAGUACUCGGGGCUGGAGUACGACUACCGCGGGCUGGUGCACGUGUUCACGCAGCUCAAGCGGCACGACCGCGCGCUGCACUACAACGUGCUGCUGCAGCACUGGCACGGUACGGUACGCCUGCACUUGACUCACACUCGGGGCAGGGCUGGAGCUGUCGGCGAGCAGUACUCGGGGCUGGAGUACGACUACCGCGGGCUGGUGCACGUGUUCACGCAGCUCAAGCGGCACGACCGCGCGCUGCACUACAACGUGCUGCUGCAGCACUGGCACGGUACGGUACGCCUGCACUUGACUCACACUCGGGGCAGGGCUGGAGCUGUCGGCGAGCAGUACUCGGGGCUGGAGUACGACUACCGCGGGCUGGUGCACGUGUUCACGCAGCUCAAGCGGCACGACCGCGCGCUGCACUACAACGUGCUGCUGCAGCACUGGCACGGUACGGUACGCCUGCACUUGACUCACACUCGGGGCAGGGCUGGAGCUGUCGGCGAGCAGUACUCGGGGCUGGAGUACGACUACCGCGGGCUGGUGCACGUGUUCACGCAGCUCAAGCGGCACGACCGCGCGCUGCACUACAACGUGCUGCUGCAGCACUGGCACGGUACGGUACGCCUGCACUUGACUCACACUCGGGGCAGGGCUGGAGCUGUCGGCGAGCAGUACUCGGGGCUGGAGUACGACUACCGCGGGCUGGUGCACGUGUUCACGCAGCUCAAGCGGCACGACCGCGCGCUGCACUACAACGUGCUGCUGCAGCACUGGCACGAUCUCAGGGAACAGUCAAAAGCAGAGCAGCAGCCAGCAUUAGGGGACGAGCAGAUUAUACCUUUGGAGGAGCUGCAGGCUAAAUUCUUCGGCGUCAACGACUGACUCCGACCGUCUGCGGCCGGGACUUCGCCCCUUGACACCCACACACACUGGACCACCAAAGUUGAUGAAUAGUGAGUUCUGUACUUGGGAGUGAGUGAAACAAAUGAAAUUGAAUUAGUGUAGUGAAAUAUAAUGAAUUGAAAGUGUUAUUUGAGUGAGUCGAGAUUGCGUUCUUAGACCAAUAUUUAAAAUAUUAUGUUGUGAUGGGAACAUACUUAAACUUAAAAUGACAACUGUCAGACUAUUGUAUAAUGUUUAAUAAAGAUGCUGAUAAAAUAUUCCAGAUAUACAAUGGCUACAUUGUAUUGUACUCUAUUCAUUAAGGCAGAUAAAAUUGGUACUACAUGGGGAUACAUAUGAGGUACUACAUUUAAAAAAAGGGAUUGGCAAUGCGGCCUAAUGUGAGAAGGAUCCUAUUAUAAGUUCAGCUGGACAUCUGUUUAGUUAUUAACAUAAUGCCA